UUAACACAGGCUGAAGCAGUUUUCACCUCAGUAGACUCUCUACAGGACUUUAAACAUUUCCCCUUUUCUGAACUGAGGAAGAAAAUGUUUCACUCGUUUGUUUUCUGCUGUUUGUGCUUUUGGCGUCUGGUUGUGUUUGCUGAUGGUGCAAUGAAGAUCGUUUCAGAGAUGGAGGGAAAGUCAGUCACUCUAGAAUCUGGUGUUACUGAAUUACAGGAACAUGAUCUGAUAACAUGGAGGUUUGAACCUUUAAACACUAAAAUAGCUGAAAUCGAUAAAGAUAAAAAUAUCUUCUCCAUAUAUGAUGUUCCUGAUGGGAGAUUCAGAGGCAGACUGAAGCUGGAUCAUCAAACCAGAUGUCUGACCAUCACAAACACCACAACCACAGACUCUGGACUUUAUAAUGUGACCAUCAAUCGCACCGGGGGAAGGACCGCAAUCAGAUUCAAUGUUACUGUAUAUGGUGUCUUUUCUUCUGAAACAAAUGAAAUACAGUCAGUGUCAGUGAUGGAGGGAGAUUCUGUUACUCUAAACACUGAUCUUACUGAAAUACGUGCAGACGACGACAUACUGUGGAAAUAUGGAGCUGGAAACUCUCUGAUAGUUAAAAUCAGUUUAGAAAAGCAAAUCUUCACCACAUAUGAUGAUGUUCCCGAUGGGAGAUUCAGAGACAGACUGAAGCUGGACGAUCAAACUGGAUCUCUGACCAUCACACACACCACAACUGAACACACUGGAGAUUAUAGACUACAGAUAAGUGGAGCGAAACGAUCAUCAAAAUCAUUCAGUGUUUCUGUCUAUGCCCCUCUUCCUGUUCCUAAAAUUACAAGAGAUAAUUCUUCAUCAUCAUCAUGUUCAUUGGUGUGUUCAUCAUCAGUGUUGAGUGUGUGUGAUGCGACUCUGUCCUGGUACGCAGGAAUGAGUGUAUUGUCCAGCAUCAGUGUGUGUGAUCUCAGCAUCAGUCUCUCUCUACCUCUGGAGGUGGAAUAUCAGGAUAAAAACACCUACAGCUGUGUGCUGAACAAUCCCAUCAGCAACCAGACCACACAUCUGGACAUCAACACACUCUGCAGACACACAUGCGCAGAACUGGACGGUCAGUCUACUUCACAACCAGACUCAACUCAACUCUGUCACACAUGUGCAGAAGUCCACAUCCACUGUUGUGGUUUUACUGAAACUGUCAUUCGAUUAGUCGUCGCUGCACUGGUGGGCGUGGCUACUGUGGCGAUUCUGGUUUAUGACAUCAGAUCCACAAGAGGAGGACCAGCGGUCCAGCAUUUCUAAAUGGUAACAUGAUGAUCGUAAAUAAAGCGGCCCAUUAAAGAAUUGAAUCUGAACUUUAGCUACAUUAAAAUACAGCACUAAAGUAGGUCAUGUUAAACUUUUAAAACAAUAUAAAUACAAAUUACUUAAAAAAACAUAUUAUAAUAUUUUGGUUUUAAAGGGCUGGAAAAAAGAUGUGUGAUGUAUUUAAAAGCGUUUUACUAUUCCCGCCAAACUUCCAUGGUUACAGCGAGUAUUACUUAAAUUCAUGGUGAAUGUUGCUGAUUUUGUGAGUAAAUCAUGGGCAAAUUUUAAUCAAUAUAUCAAUAAAUGUGAGGUGCUACUGGCAACUGUUUGGAAUCCUCAAAUUGUAACAUUUAUGUAAGAGAAAGAAUCAAAGGUUAAAAUAAUUAUAUAGUUAUAAAUAUAUAUAUAUGAUAGGGGCCCCUCAAUUUUUUUUUUUACAAUUAUUUAAAAGACAAGCAAGAGUAAGUAAAUUAAUUGACAUGGAAAAACAAAGUUCAGUACAUUAAGAAAUCAGUAAUAUUAAAUUCAUAUGAUAAAGGGGGUCUAAAUGUUAUCGACUUUAGAUCUCUGAACAAUACUUUAAAAACUAACUGGCUUACAUGAUAUUUUAUAGUCUAUAAGAAUAUGAUCCCUCAAUAUAUAUUUUCUGUCAUAGGUGGUGUGGAAUUUAUUGUAAUGUGCAAUUAUAAUAUUGAAAAACUUAAGUUUAAACAAGCACUUGAUCAUUUACAAACACAACUUUCCGCCCCACACAUUCUUUAUCUGGAAUAUGGGCAAUAUGGAAUAAAUACAUGAAUAAUAUUAAAAAAGGUUUUGGAAUGUUUUUGGAUAAUAUUUUGUAUCCUUUUCUCUUAUCCUAUAAAUAUGUGAUAUAUAAGGUUAUUGUAUUACGGACCAAUGCUCAAAGGAUGCUUAUUUGAAAUUUUAUUUAAUUGUUUGUAUGUAAAUUUCAUUUUCACAAAUGUAAAUUCACAAGUGGGAAACACAGUGCUUAAUUAAGAAAGAGAUUAAUAUAUACAUGUAGAUGUAAUGCCAAGAUCUAAAAAAAAAGCAAAGCAAUCAAAACAACAGUAAUAUGUUAUAAUUUAAAAUUUUCAUAUAAAAUAUAUGUAUGCUUAACAGUAGAUUUAGACCCUAAAACUGUUGUUUUCUUUAUUUUUAUUUGUUUCUCUUUUCCUUUUCUCUUUGUUUUUGUCAUAUAUAUUGUAUUGUGAAGCAUGUGAUCUGUUUUUCUGAUGUAUGGAAGUUAUUCUUGUACAUGCUAUUUGUUGAUAA